UUAGGAGAUGCGAAGAAAAACAAUGCAGACGCGAAAAUAAAAUGGAGUGCCCACAAAUUGAUUUAUAUGAAUUCCUCACCGAGUCCGAACUGCAGCAGUACUACAAUGCCAUCAAAAACGAAUUAAAAAUAACAAAUGCCGCACAAUUUAAAUAUGCAGCGGAUGAGGAUUUACGUUGCAUUGGACUGUCGCGUCCGGAAAUCCGCCGUCUGCGUAAAUUCUAUGAGAAGCACUUCCCCCACAGUUACCUCAGCAAAAUCAAGCGGCUGCUGCAGGCGCCCGCCACCAUUGUGAAGCGAGAGGAUGGCGCUGGCGGCAACUUCGGUCUGGGCACGCUUAACGAAGGCAGCACAGCAGCAGCGACGGCCACAGCGUCGCGCAAUGGCGGCGCUGAUGGCAACUCCCCGGGCAGCAAGGUGCCCAACAACAAGCACAUAAUACCAGCUGACUCCAUAAGCGUCAACAAGCAGCUGGGCAUUGGGGAGUUUGGCAUUGUGCAGCAGGGCGUCUGGACCAAUGGCAGCGAAAGGAUACAAGUGGCCAUCAAGUGCUUGUGCCGCGAGCGCAUGCAGUCGAACCCCAUGGAGUUUCUCAAGGAGGCGGCAAUCAUGCACUCGAUUGAGCAUGAGAAUAUUGUGCGUCUGUAUGGCGUCGUGCUGGCAACGGACUCACUGAUGCUGGUCACCGAGCUGGCGCAUUUACGUUCCUUACUCGAGUGCCUUAAGGACUCCGGCUUGCGCGUCAGCUUCCUUACCAUACCCACGCUCUGCGAGUUUGCGCUGCAGAUCUGCAAUGGCAUGAGCUAUCUGGAGCAGAAGCGUCUCAUACACAGGGAUUUGGCUGCCAGGAAUAUACUAGUGUUUAGCAAGGACAAGGUGAAGAUUUCGGACUUUGGGCUGUCGCGCGCCUUGGGCGUGGGCAAGGACUACUACAAGACCAACUUCAAUGUGAAUCUAAAGCUGCCCAUUGCGUGGUGUGCACCAGAGUGCAUCAACUACUUGCGCUUCACCAAUGCGUCGGAUGUCUGGGCGUAUGGCGUUUGUUUGUGGGAGAUGUUCUCGUACGGCUUUCAGCCCUGGGCAGCGUUAACCGGACUGCAGAUACUCGAAGCAAUCGAUGCACCCAACUAUCAGCGCCUGGAGCAGCCCGACUGCUGUCCGCGUGAGUACUAUACGCUUAUGAUGAAGUGCUGGCAGGACGAUGCCGCCAAGCGUCCCAAGUUUAGUGAGAUUUACGAGCAGCUGCCAGACAUGAAGCCGGAGCAGCUCAAAGCCGUGGUCAACUGCACGGAACCCAAGAAGGAUCAUCUGCUCUAUCGCCAAGGUGAUAUAAUCACCGUACUCGAUCGCAAUACGGGCACUCCCUUCUGGAAGGGCGUGCUGAGCACGGGCAAGACAGGCUACUUCAAUCCCUCGAACACGGUGGCCUUCCUAGAGGGUCUGCCCAGCUCCAAUCGCGAUGCAUUCAGCCGUGUGGGCGAUCAUCGCAUUAGCAAGCGCAAACUGCGCACCGAGAUGAUUUCCAAGCCGCAGAACGACUUCAAGCACACCGGACACGUGGGCAUUGAUGGCGCCACCUUUGGCGACAUCGCCUUCCUCGGCAGCUCACAGAACUAUAACCACGUGCCCAAGCAGAUUGUAACGCCGUAUAAGCCCUCGGAGGACAUUGAACAGACGCCGCUGCUGCUGCCGCCGACGCCUACCAGUCCGGACUCGUUGCAGACUGCCAGCGGUUAUUUUCCGGAAGGCGGUGCUGGUAGCUCCAUGAAUCCCACGUUUAUUCCCUCCACGGAGCACACACCUAAGCUCAUUGCCAGCAAUGGACAGAGCUCGUUUGACUUUGCCAGCUCCACCAAUCCCUUUGCCUCGCACAAACUGGACGAGGAGCAGCUCGCCUACGCGCUACAGAACAAUAAUUACCCCGGAGCCGGAGCAGACGGCAAGAGUCUGCACUCCGAGUCCCAUUGGCGCGCCAAGUCGCGCAGUCAAACCGACGAACUGCAUGAAUACCACGAGAUCUCGGACGAUGAGAUCACCGGCGACAAGCUGGACUUUGGUCCCUCGCUUUUGGAUGAAAUCAAUUCUAUGUUUGGCUCAAUAAGCGGCGCCUCGGGCGGCCAGCCCAAGUCGCCAGACUUUGAUCGCAUGAAUACGAAAAACGAAUUCGCCGAGCUGUCGGCCAAGUUUGGGCACAAGAGCGGCGACAGCAAUGGCAACAAGCAUGGCCAUAGCCUGCUGCCCAGCUUGUCCAAGAAGAAAACCAGCACAGGCACUGUCAAGCCCAUUUCGGUGAAGGAUGAGAAGAUACUUAAUCAUGCCAUAGAAAUGGCAAACGAAAUCAGCGCCAGAUCAAUGAUUGAUCUGGUGUCGGAUCAUGCUCCACCCACGCACAGUCCCAAGCGCAAGUUUAGCUUUCGUUUUCCGCAUCUAAGCGGCGGCGGCGGCGACAAGUCAAGCAGCAGCGCUGGCGGCGCCAGCGGCAACUUAACGCCCACUCACGGCACUGCCUCGCCCUUCUCCAAGAAGAAGAACUUUACGGAGGAACUGCAGAGCAUACCGGAUAUACAGAGAUUUCGUAGCUUGAGCGAGAUCAAGCACAGCUCGGAGCUGCGCGUGCCCAUCUUUGACAAGGAGAGCUCGGACUUUCUCUUUGAAAAGUCACGCGAGAUUCUAAGUCGUCCGUUGAACAGACAGCGCGGCUUGGAGCUAGAGCUGCAGCUGGAGGCGGAGGCGGAGGAGUCGAGCCAGGCAAACAUUAACGAGAAUAUUAUGGAUAUUGAGAAGACAUUGAAGGCGCUCAAUCUGGACUUUAUGCACACGUACACGGAGCUGGACAAGAGCGACUCCAACGAGACAAUGCUCAAUGAUCAGCUGCCCUCGGCGACGGCAUCGCUGCGUCCCGGCUCGCUGGACGACGGCAUUGGCAGCGCCUCGGGCAGCUUGAAGUCCGCCGUUUACAGUUACAGCUACAGCAAUGGCGUGCAGACCAUGUUCGACUUCAAUGCGGCCACCAGUCAUCUGGACAAGCAUCUGCAGUAUAUGCACAACCAGGCGCAGCUGCAAGGACAACAGUUGCAGGAGCAGAAGCUGCUCGAGGACAAGCGCAGCAGCACGCCGGACACGGGCUUCGCCUCGCGGGAUACCAACAUCUCGCUGUCGCGGCGCAGCAGCCAGAAGAGCAGCUACAGCCCACAGGAGAGCUACUUCUCCAUGAAGGGUGAACCACUGUACAGUGCGCCGCCCGUAGUAAGCGGCGGCGGCGGCGGCUACGAACGCUUUGGCAAUGGCCACACCAAGCAGCUCCUGGCAAGCGCCUCGCCCGUUAAGUCUGCACUGGGCGCCAGCAGCAACUCCAUCUAUACCAAGAGCUAUCGCCAGCGCUCCACUUCCUUCAACGAGAGCUUCCAGCCGCCGCCGUCGACGGCACUCCCACUGCCAAUGCCGCUGCCGCGACGCAGUGCAUCCUACAAGCCGCGUUCCGUGCGCGCACGCACGCUGCGUCGCCUCAGCUACAAUCCCAUGACGCUCGACUCCAGCUCAAGCAGCUCCAGCGGCGACGAGGCGCACUCCAGCCACAAGCCCAGUCUGGCGCGCUCCGAGUGCGAUAUACGCGCACGUGUGGCCGCCGCCAGUUCCAGCAGCUCGCUCUGCCGCCGUCGCCGCCCUGGACUCAGUCGCCAAGUGCAGUCCGCCUGCCAGGAUGAGCGCGAGUCCAUUGUAUCGCCGCGUCAGCUGUACGGCUCCAACUCGAGCAUCAAGUCAGCGCCACACUACAAUCUGGGCGGGAAUAGGCGCAGCUUCCAGCGGCCCAGUGGCUACGAGCAGUUCCACUACGAGGAGCGCAUCUAUGACUUUGGCGGACGUGGCCCGGGCAAUAACUAUGCACCCCAUCAACAGGCGCUGCUGGCGCCCAGCACAACGCAGAAACUCAGCUCUGGAUCCGGCUCCUCCUCAGCCGCCAGCUCGGCAGUGGCCACUUAUCGCAGCGCCUCUGCUGCAGUGACGCGCCCCAUGAGUGGCGGCACCACAGCGUUGCAUGAGUUUGAUAUAACGCGCCUCACGGGCAAGAGUCCCACGUCGAGCCACUUUGUGGGCAGCUCACCGGAUGCACAGCCGCAGUCGCUGCCCCAACUAAAGCCGCAACGGCCCACAGAGUUCCAUUGGCCGGAGAAAAUACACGCGUCCGCCUUAAAGCAGCACGAGCUGCACUGGCGUCCAACUCAGCAGCAGCUGCCACCACCAAAGCAGCUGCCCCUGGUGACCACCACAGCCAUAGCGGGCUCAAGCGACAGCAGCUCCAGCUCUAGCACCGAGAGCGGCGAUGAGUUUCAGUUCCGCCGUGAAUUCACUGCGCCGCGCAUUCCGCCCAGCCCGGCGCCAUAACUAAGGAAAAUGCUCAAAUAUGUUCUCAAUUUACUAUUCGGACAUGUGAUGUCGGACUAAGCGCAGUGGGGGAUUAGCCUCACCCUCGCCUGGCAUUGGAAUUGCAGCUGGUAUAACGUGUGUGUGUAUUCGUGUGUGUGUGCGUCGGUCGGUCGGAAAAGUAAAUUGCAGAAAUAUUUGCAGCCUA